AAAGCAGUACAGGAAAUUUGUUUUGAUUGAUUCCUGUUCUUAUGUUACAUGAUCAGAGAGGAUGUCGUCAUAACCAGCUUAUGCUGAAACAGGGUCAAAUAUCUAUGGUUUGUUCAUUGUUGAAUGGAUGUUGAAAAAUGAGAUAACUUCCGGGGUACAUAGUUGAUGUGGGAAAACUAUUUCAAUUUUACUGCGUUUGGGGUGUCGAGGAGAGUUUUAAAGUGACGCUCAAAAUACAUAAAGUAAUUGAUUCAUUAUCAUUCAAAUAUUUAACGAUAUUCAUCUUUUUUUCAGUAUUCAGUUAUAUGCCUGUCAUCACUGACGUAAAUUUUUUCACUAACUCACGCCGUGUUCUUAAAUUACGUUUCAGAUCUUCCUUAUUUCACACUUCCAAACGCAUUUAAUGCAUAUUUAUUUGUCGAACGUCUGCAUUGUUAUACAUACCUCGUAACAGCUGUCGAUGUUUGCAAGGUUUUCAUAAAAAAGAAAAAACUCGAAGUGUAGAGCAGAAGAUGUUUAAAGCGGCCAUAGGUGGCUUCAUUGUUAUUGCUCUCCAGUUAUGCAGUGGGGCAAAGUACUUCAUUGCUUCUCCAAAUCUUCUGAGAGUGGGUGUAGAAGAGACUGUUUCUAUUUCCGUAUUUGAUGUAAACGGAGAAGUGGACAUUCAGCUCUCCCUGCAGGAUUUUCCACUACGAAGAAGAACUUUUUCGGUUGUGUCACAAAAAGUUAGAAAAGAACGCCCUGCACUUAUGAAAGUUAAAGUGACAGCCAAAGAUCUUAAUGAUCAGAAAUCAUCUGACAAGCAAUACGUUUACCUCAAAGCUAGCUCUAAUACCCCAGGAUUUCAAUUCAACAACGAAAUCAAAAUACUUGUCAGUUAUAGAAAUGCCAUGGUUUUCAUUCAAACUGACAAACCGAUCUAUAAUCCAGGACAAGUGGUUUAUCUACGAGUAAUUCCUUUGAGUGUCAAUUUAAAAUCAUCCGUGGAUAAUGUUACAAUUGAAGUAUCGAAUCCUCAAGGAAUUCGCGUUGAUCGUUGGAGAAAUCUUAACACAAAAGAUGGUUUUUUCUCUCGUCGCCUGGAUUUGUCAAAAAAUGCAUUGACUGGUUUAUGGACCAUUACCGCUUUAUACGGUCAUUCCAAAGUUCAAAAUGCUUCAAUAAAAUUUGAAGUAAAAGAGUACGUUCUGCCGACAUUCUCGAUAAAAAUCAAAGGACCAUCUUACAUCUUGGACAGUCAUGCGUCUAUUGCUCUGAAAAUAGCUUCAAAGUACACUUAUGGUGAAAAUGUAAUCGGUUCACUUCAAGUCAUACUUGGUGUUCUUGAUGCGGGUGGAAAUGCUGAACGUUUCAGUACAUCUUUUCACACUCUGGCGAAUGGUGAAGCUGACGUGAGUGUACCUACAGACCUAGUUAAGCGUCAUCCUAAGAUUGCUUGGUUUCCAGAAGGCAAACGUUUGUUUAUCGAGGCAAAGGUCAUAGAAAAAGCGACGGGUCAUGAAGAGACCGCUUACCACAACAGUAUUUUCUUCACUAACUCUCCACUUACCGUCAGUUUCAAAAGAUCACCAAACUUUUUUAAGCCCGGUGUCCCUUUCGAACUCAAGGUUGAUGUUAGGCACAGGAAUGGUGAACCAGCUGACAACAUUCCUAUUGAGAUAGAAGCUCAAACGGACCAAGGAGUUGCUGUUUCAGAGAGUGCAGCAAAUAGCAAUGUGAAUUCGGAUAGAAGCAAUGAGCUUGGUCAUGGAAGAUUUGUUAUUGAUGUCCCAAGAAUAUUUACUAUCGUUCAUCUUGACAUUAGGGUUCGUGCGAAGAUCAAUGAUAUGGGAAAUGAAAUUGUUUCUGAAGGGCGCUUCAUGCCAAAAAUGUACAGAUCCAAUACAAAUAACUAUUUGUUUGUUCGGCUUGUUAAAAAAGGAAAGGUUGGGCAAUCUGUCGAUGCCGAGGCGUUCGUUGUUGCUCCAGGCAGUGCUCCAAGUUCUUUGACAUAUCUAGUUGUUGCAAACGGUCGUAUAGUCACACAAGGCUUGAUUGAUCAUCAGAUUGGAGUACUCACAACAAUCACGAUAAGAAUUACAGCUGACAUGUCACCACAAGCAAGAUUCAUUGCGUUUUACCGAGUCAACAACGAACUAGUAACUGAUAGCGCUGUCAUAGAGGUCGAAGAGCAGCUACCAAAUCAGGUGUCUUUCCUCGGUGAUGCACGUCCACAGAAAUAUCCAGGCGAAUCAUACCAAAUAGAAAUUCAAAGUAGUCCUCAUUCUAAUGUUGGUUUACUAGCCGUUGAUCAAAGUGUUUAUUUACUACGUAAUGACAAACAUCUCACUAGCAAAGAGGUGUUCAAAAGAAUAAAGUCACAUGAUCUUGGUUGUGGCGCUGGUGCCGGUAAAGAUAAUAAGGAUGUACUUCAUCGUGCUGGUUUGGCCGUAAUGUCCACCAUAAGUAAUCUGAAGACAGACACUCGCACAGAGCAAUCUUGUGCUGCUGAAGCAAGGCGCAAACGCCGUUCAGUGGGCGUUGAUCCUCGUUGUUGUCAGCUAGGUGAGGACGCUCAUCCUGCUAGUUGCUACGCAAGAGCUACAAAUUUUUCAACAUCCCCCGCAUAUACUAAUUUUUCAAAUUCGGACAACUGCGUCAUUGAAUUCUACAAAUGUUGCUUUAUUAAAUAUGAACAAAGUUCGAGAGCCCGAUCAAUAAACGUAAACAUUCCUAACGAUCUGUUGAAUGGCAUGGACUUUGAAAUGGACGAGGAUUUUGUAAAGUUGACCUUAGAAGAGACGCAAGUUCGAACAUAUUUUCCUGAAAAAUGGCUGUACGAGGACCAAAAAGCUGGCAAAAAUGGUCGCGUUACGUUUCGCGUCACUGUCCCAGACACCAUCACUACAUGGGUGUUGCAAGCUGUAGCUGUCUCUAAUACGACUGGGUUUGGUCUUACUCCAUCAUUCAAUUUGAGGGCAUUCAAACCUUUCUUUAUCUCCAUAAAACUGCCGUAUUCUGCUCAGCGUUUUGAACAAGUCUCUGUCAUUGCUACAGUAUUCAACUACAAGGAAACGUCCGAAACGGUCACAAUUUAUAUGUUCAGUCGAAGCAAAGAUUAUUGUACGUAUUCAACACUUACUUCUGGAACUGCAAUGUAUAGGAUUAGAGUUCCAGGCAAGGGUGCUUCGUCAGUAUCAUUCCCUAUCGUUCCCACUGAACUUGGUGACAUUCCAAUUCAGUUGAGAAUUAUUUCAACAAGUGGAGAUGCAGACGGUGAACAACGUGUCCUCAAAGUUGUGCCUGAAGGAAAAGAAAAGGAAGAAAGUCAUUCAGUUGUUUUAGAUCCAUUAAAUGUUUUACGCGAUCCAUCUAUCGCCAAAGCCGUUGGGGCGCCCACUGGUCCAUCCAAAAUAAUUACAUCCAAUAAGGGUAAAGGAGAACAAAAAAAUCGUCUGAGUCUGAGAGUUCCAGAUUUCAGUGUGCCAGGGUCAGAAUACGCAGUUCUAACUGUACUAGGCAAUUUGAUUGGUCCUGCUGUGUCUAACAUGAUUGAUGGAAAAGGUCUGAAUAACCUGAUCGCAUUGCCAACUGGAUGUGGUGAACAGACAAUGUUAAAGCUUGCACCUAAUGUGUUUAUUCUAAACUAUCUAAGAAGCACGAAGCAAGUGACUGACCAAAUUGAAAGAACAGCCUUUGGUUUUAUUCGUUCCGGGUACCAAAAUGAACUGAACUACCGUAGAAGCGACAAUUCUUUUAGCGCUUUUGGUAACAGCAGACCUGGAAGUACAUGGUUAACUGCAUUUGUUGUAAAAACAUUCUGUGCCAUUCAGAAACUUGAUGGCAUUGAUAUCGACGUAAAUGUUAUUAGUACAGCCAUAAAUUGGCUGACAACCAAACAGCGAGGUGAUGGUGCAAUCAUCGAGUCACAUCCAGUGGUUCAUCAAGAAAUGGAUGGGGACAUCAACAAUGAUAUCACCAUGACUGCCUAUGUAGUUACAGCGUUUCUUGAGUGCAAGGGUUUUAUACAGAUCUCUCAACAAACCGUGAGAAAUGCUGUGGCUUUCUUGGAGAGUUCACAAGCAAAUAUUGGCCGUAUUUACGUAAGGGCUGUUGUAGCAUACGCUUUGGCUCUAGCUGACAGCCCUCAAAAACUCCAAGCCAACCAGGAUUUAUUAAAUGUAGCAAUAUACGACGUGGGGAAGAACACACGACACUGGGACGAUGCACAAGGUGGAAAUGCUAUUGAUGUUGAAACAACAUCGUACGCACUUUUAACUCAACUAGCUCUAAAGCGUCGAGGGUAUGCCGGACCGAUUGUCGUUUGGCUAACGGAACAGAGAAGAGGUGGAGGAGGCUUUGUCUCUACUCAGGACACAUGUGUCGCUUUGCAAGCCUUGGCAGGUUACAGUGAAGCUUCCGGCGGAGAUCAGCUAAACAUGCGUAUUGAAAUAACAACUGAUAGAAAUUUCAAGAAAACAUUGAUGAUUAACCAGAGAAAUGCUUUGAUUCAACAACGUCUUUAUUUAACACACCAGAUUGGAGAUGAAUUAUUUAUUACAGCCAAAGGUUCUGGUGUGGCUCAACUACAGGUUCAGUUAAAGUAUAACACACCAGCGUCUGAAAAUGAAGCUUGUCAUUUUGACUUGAAUGUUACAACUAUCGAACAUGUUCGUCGAUUUUUGGACCCACCAAUAUUUGUGGUUCCAAAGAAGCCUAAGGGCUCAUGUAUAAGGAAAUGUUGCAGAAAAGGGUCAAGAAAGGGAAAAAGGUGUUCUCGUCGACGAAAGUCAAAAUGUAGAAAACGAUGUAACAAGCGACGAAAUGGUGGGCGUAGAAGAAGGCCUAGACCUACAACACCCGCACGACCAUUAACAACAAGACCUCCCCAAAAUGAUGGUCCAUCUCCGACCUCGCUAUCGAUCAAGAUAUGUUCAAAGUUUUUGACGGUUAAUGAAAGCGCUGGAAUGUCAAUUAUCGAUGUUGGUGUUCUCACUGGAUUUAGUGUGAAACAAGAUAGCCUUGUCGAACUUCAAGACAAAGCUAAUCCGGGAAUAGCGAAGUUUGAAAUAUCUGACCGACAUGUGUAUUUGUACCUGGACAAAAUACCCAGCACGCAUGCGCUUUGUUUCAAUCUUGAGUUCAAACGUGACUUUGAAGUCGGAAUAGUUCAACCUGUUCCUGUGUCCGUGUACGACUAUUAUGAUCCAGAGAAAAUAUGUACAAAGUUUUACGGUCCUAAAGUUGAUAGUCGUCUUCAUCUACGGACUUGCGACCAUGACUCGUGUAAAUGUGCUCAAGAUAAAUGCAGUUCCUGUAAGCCUUCUGAUGACGCCAACGUUGUGAUAAGACAGCUGUGUCGAAAAUAUCAAUACAGUUUUCGAGGAGUACUACGGUCCAUUAAUGAAAAGGGCAAGUGGCUCCAUUUAAAGUUUGACGUUGUUACUGUUUAUUUGGAAAGUUCGACGAGAAAAAUUACGAAAAACACCAAACGUCUUGUUUACACAAAGAAGACGAAUUGCGAUUGUCCAAGAUUUGCAGGAAAAAUUGACAGCCAAUUCUUAAUCAUGGGAUUAAAUGAAGGUCUUCGUGAGUCUAAAAUAGUUAUGGGAGAAGAUGUGUUUGUCAAAGAGUGGCCAAGAAAAGGCUCCGAUUUUACACGGAAGUUUUCUAGUGGAAUAAAGCGUGGUUGCCCUUGAAUGGAUAAAAUUUAUGUGCUUCGAAAAUAUAUUUUUAGAAAUGCUUCGAUAACCAACAAUAGAAAAUGAAACUACAGAUAAUUUGUAAUAGAAAGUAGUAUUAAUAAAUUGUUCUUGAGUUAAA